GUUUUGCACACAUAAAACACGACGUACUACUAAUGUUUUGUUUUUCAAUAUGAUUUUAGUAAAUAUAGAAAUAUAGAUAAUAUAAAAUAUAGUAGAAAGGCCAUGAAAUGCUUUACUAACCAGUGUGGUAGCCUACGGAUAAAUGAAUUAUGUUUGAUACAGCAUAGAAGAACCAUUUCCAUUUUUGGUCCCUCAAAUGACUGUUCAGUGAACAAUUCCUAUCAUUUCAAAAAUCCACUAUGAAGAACCUUUUGUGGAAUUUUUAAGAGUGUAAGGAAGCAAUUUCUGUGAAAGCCUCUUUGAAAGAAUGUAUGUUGUUAAAAUACAAUUGACAUUGACGUUGUUCUGAAUAAUGUAUGCCACUGAUAAAAAGUAUUAUUCAUUGCAAAAUGAAAACAGUCCUCCUGUGUGCAACAAUAAUACAGAACCCUCUUGUGGUCAUAUGAAGAUCUGCAGCAAGUGUGCGACGCGUCACCAAGUUCUCAGAGCUGGAGGAGGAGACCUGGAGCACUGGGGUCCUCAUUGAGUUUCUGUAAUCCAGUUUGGAGUGGUCGCUGAGGACGCCACCAGAAGAAGCCUCUCCAUAAGACCUGCAGUGCAUCGGCAUAUUAGUUGCUUAUUAGUUUAUUCUACCUCAAAAAUAGUUUAAAAACAGUUCAAAUAUAUUUCAGGUUAUGUCACCACAGAAAAAUGUAGGUGUAACGAGAUGUUUAACUGGCAAGAUUUUCUCAGAAAGUAACGGAUCCAUCUGAAGAAUCUGAAUCUGAAGACACCUUCCAAGAGUGAUGAUGAAAAUGAAACUCGCCAUGCACCGACCAGUCAACACCUUCGGACCAAACCAGUAAAAGUCGUCUUUAUGGAGUUUCAAAAUGACAUUUUCUAAACUGCUGAACGAGAGCAAGGAUGAAUUCCCCUCGGACUUUCUCUCCAACAUCAGCAACACCACCUGUGAGGGCAUCACCCUCGACUCUCAAGUCAUCUGUGUCGGGGUCUUUCUGGCCGUUUUCAUUUUGGUGGCGAUCGUCGGAAACAUUUUGGUUAUUCUGUCAGUGCUGUGCAACAAACAUUUGCAGACGGUCACCAACUUCUUCAUUGUGAACCUGGCCAUAGCGGACCUUCUGCUUAGUAUCAUUGUCCUCCCGUUCUCCGCGUCUCUGGAGGUGCUGGGAUGCUGGGUGUUCGGUCGGGUCUUCUGCAACAUCUGGGCAGCGGUGGAUGUGCUAUGUUGCACGGCGUCUAUUUUAAGUUUGUGCAUUAUAUCUAUAGACAGGUACAUCGGGGUAAAAUACUGUCUGAAAUACCCCACUAUCAUGACUGAACGGAAAGCAGGUGUCAUACUAGUGGUGGUCUGGGUUUCUUCAAUGGUGAUUUCAAUUGGACCGCUUUUGGGAUGGAAAGAGCCUCCACCUUCUGACGAGAGCAUCUGCAGAAUCACGGAGGAACCGGGUUAUGCUCUGUUCUCCUCUUUAUUCUCCUUCUACCUCCCGCUCAUGGUGAUUUUAGUCAUGUACACUAGAGUAUACAUCGUGGCCCGCAGGACUACAAAAAGUUUGGAAGCGGGUGUGAAACGGGAGAGAAAUAAAUCAAUGGAUGUGGUGCUGAGGAUACAUUGCAGGAGCAUGCCGGAGGAUUCGAGCACGAGCUCCAAAACCAAAAAUCACCCGUUCAGAAGUUCACUGUCCGUGAGACUCAUGAAGUUCUCAAGAGAGAAGAAAGCUGCUAAAACCCUCGCCAUCGUCGUGGGGAUGUUCAUUCUUUGUUGGCUACCGUUUUUCUUCGUUUUGCCUUUGGGCUCUUUCUUCCCAGCUCUAAAGCCCUCUGAGAUAGUGUUCAAAGUAAUCUUCUGGUUGGGCUACUUCAACAGUUGCAUUAACCCCGUAAUUUACCCCUGCUCGAGCAAGGAGUUCCAGCGCGCCUUCACCCGUCUGCUGCGCUGCCAGUGCCAGCGGCGCCGCCGCAUCCUGCGCCGGUUCUACGACCAGCGCUGGAGAACAGCCAUGCGAGGAGCCCGGAGGGACCCGCACAGAGACUACUGCUCUGGAUUUCCCUUUCACGAGCAGUGCAGUAACUCUAUCUAUUCCUGCCAGAGCAAGAGCCGGCCCCUUAGUCUGAAGAGCUGGAGCUUCUUCCCCCCUUUACAGAAGUCCUCCUUCCAGCUGAAGGAGAAAAUGAACAACCUUUCCAAUAAGAUUAAGAACGGGACGGGGAAGAGUAGCACGUCUGCUCUGGCCCGGACAGAGAUUGACACAGUCUCCAUGGGGAUCUAUAACGACUGCGGCGAUCAGAGCGGCUACCAGAUCUACGACCUCACAGAGUGCUACGGCCUGAAGGAAACAGACAUCUAAACAAAAACAGAGAUUACUGUCUGUUUUCUCUGAGUGCUCUGACCCACUGCCAGUUCUUAGGAAUUGUUUGAUUUUUUUCUCAAAGACUAGUAUUCUUGUAAUGUCUUAAAGAACACAGUCGAGAAGCAAAUAUGAUGAAAAAAUGACAAGGACAAUGUAUGUUAAAGGGUAAUUAAUGUAUUUUCACAUGGGUAAUUUAAAAAAAAAAAUCUUUAAAAGUGGGAGAAGUACACUGAAUGGAAAAAUUAUGAGGGAGGGGGGGACGGGGAACUUAUCUGCACUGGAUCAGAACGAAAAGACUCAUAGCUGCUGGGUAUCUGUAUACCGUGUUGUCCAUGUGGCCUUUGAGAAAUAGUCUGUCAGGUGUUUCAAACUCUCUGAUGACCAGCAACGGUUUGAACUGUAUUUACAAAGAGAGAUUGUUACAGUUUCUUUGACUUGUUGUCCAUUAAGUGUGAAUGGAAAACAUAUUUGACUGGGAUGUAUUUGAGAGACUGUUGAUCCAUGACACUGAUUUGUAUUGACAUAAUGAUUCACUGUUAUUCGCAGAUUGCUGUGGAAAUCACUUUUAAAUGAUUCCAAAUUGAUUCAGAUACCUUUAAAUGUGAGGCACAGUUUGUAACCGAAACAGAUUUUGUGCAGAUGUUUUCAGUAUUACAGAGGGUAGUUGAAUACUGUGCUAUUCGUGUGCUAUUCAUGCUAUUCUCAUUUCAACCAUGAGAUUUAUGUCAUCCCUAAAUGGACCAACAUAAAAAAAAAAAAGAAGAAAAAAAUCAUAAUUCCUGGACUACAACUCAGUUUUUGUGUUGUUGAGAAAAGCUUUGGGUUUCUUUGUAAUGCUGAUGUGACAGUGUCUUUCAGUGUCAUCUAUUAAACAUAAUAAAUCUGAAAAGAGCAUGCAGUUGAUCAAAUAUGUGUAUUUGAUGAAUCUUGAAAACAAUUAAUCCAUUUUAUUCAAACAACCAUCCCAUAGAAUCCGUUUAAUAAUGAUUUGUGUUCACAGCAAUGAGAUUACAUUAAAAUCAAUUACUGUACCCAUCUUGUUAGACUUUUCUCCUGAGAAAUACUUAGAGCGAUAGUUCACCACCCCCAAAUGAAAUUCAAUGAUCAUUUACUCACACUCGUGUUGUUCCAAACUCAUAAAACUUUGGUUAAUCUUCAAAAACUAUUUAAGAUAUUUUCCCUCCAUAGAACGCCCAGGUAACCAAAACGUAUAAGAUCCAAAAAUAUUAUAAAGCUGUCAUAGAACAAAUCCAGUCUUGUACAGAGGUACAAUGGCUCU